UAUUUCUUUGAGAACAUUGUUCUAGGACAGCCCUGACUGUGAAAUCCAGCCCUUUACUCUACUGUACAGGAGCAGUAGAUGGUGCUGAACCCAUGUUGUUAUUUCAUGGCAGAGAGCCGACUCUAUGGCUCAGGGCUGAGCUAUAUAAGUACUGAACACAGACCGGGACUUCACAUUCACUCUCUCGCCUUCUCACUCCAACUAUUAAGCAACUGCUCUGUAAAUACAUCACAGAAACAAGCAGGAGUACAAGAGCUUUCCAUUUCACAGAGAAACAUUUGCUUUGGACCUGUGUCUGGACUAUUCUUAGUGUUGAAGGAGCUGUGUGUGAGGGUCUUUACCAGAGGUCGGAGGUCAUCAACAGGGAGCCAGGAUGGGCUGCCUCUCAACAUGGACCUUUCUUCUGUUUCUGUUGGAAAUUACAGGCACUUUUUCUCAAGGGACAUGGGGAAGCAUCAUGGGGACAUCAUGGAGACCAAACCCAGCUGUGUACCAUAAUGAAGAUAAUUACGAGUGGACCACAUGGUUCAAUGUAGAUCACCCUGGAGGAAAAGGAGACUAUGAGAAGCUGAAUGCCAUUCGUUUUUAUUAUCGAGCGCGUGUGUGUGAGGUUCCUCGAGCUCUAGAGGCACGCACUACUGAAUGGAUCCCAGCUCGCAGCACUGGGGAAAGAGUACAUGCUGACCCAGCUGUAGGCUUCUGGUGUGUCAAUGAUGAACAGCCUGUUGGGAAGAACUGCUCAAACUAUGCUGUACGCUUUCUAUGUCCAAAACACAUUGUUUCAGAUAAUGAAGAACUGAUAUGGGGUCCAUGGUCAGAGUGGACUGUGUGUCCAGCCCAGUGCAAUCAGGUGGCAACACAGCAUCGUUCUAGAAGCUGCAAAUACAAUUCCAAGCAAUGCAAUGGCCAAACUGUCGAGGCCAGGUCAUGCCAAGGGCCACCUUGUCCACGCUGUGAUCUGCAGUGUGUGAUGGGCAAGGUGAAUGAUGAGUGUGAUGGCUGCAAUUGCCAGGAUCAUACAAUUUUAGGAUCAGUCCGUAGUGCGGGGGGUCUCCCUGCACCUGGAGCUGCCAUUCUGCAUGCUGGUUCCAGGCCCAAACUCCUCACUGUUACUGAUCACAAUGGGCACUUUCAGGUCCCUGGAAUCUGCCCUGAUGGCAACACUACUCUGAUGAUUAAGCUGAAUAAUCACGCUCCACAACAAGUCACUGUGCCACCAAGCACCGAACGCACUUCCGUCCUCAUUUUAACGCUAAAGAGAGCAAAAAAACUGUAUGUGCUAAAAAACCCUGAGAACAAGGCCAGAAGGGAAGGUCAGACAGCUGCCUUCUGUUGUAAGGUUGAUGGGACACCUGAACCAAACCAGUAUGAAUGGUUCCACAAUGGCACUCUGCUGGACAGGAGUCAAUAUCAGUAUGACGAGACGCUGGUUUUGAGGAAUCUCAGUUUGGACCAUAUUGGAGAAUACUACUGCAGAGCCAGUAAUGAGAACGGUGCCAUCAAAUCCAAACCAGCCACCCUCACGGUUAUUGGUCAAAAAGCGCCAUCAUGCAACCCUAAGCCUGAUUCCCACCUGAUCCGUCUGCCACAUGACUGCUUUCAAAACGAGACUAACUCUUUCUAUUACGAUGUGGGGAGAUGCCCAACCUCCACAUGCACAGGGAAGCUGGAUAACGGCAUCAGAUGCAAAGACUCAGUUUCCUACUGCUGUGGAGUUUCAAACAUGGAGGAGAAAGAGAUUGUAUGUCAGGGAUAUCAGUUGCCCAUCAUGGUAGUAACUCAGUGUGGUUGCAAAACAUGUGUGGACACAAAAGCUAUUGUUCGUGGACGUGCUAUUGCAGCAGACACUGAUGAACCCAUGAGGUUUGGACACAUCUACAUGGAUGGCACAAGAGUAAGUCGAACUGGAUACAAAGGCACAUUCUCAAUCCAGGUACCAACAAACACAGAGCGUCUGGUCCUCACAUUUGUGGACAACAUGCAGAAGUUCGUGAACACCACAAAAGUUUUACCAUUCAAUCCUAAAGGUGGAGCUGUGUUCCAUGAGAUCAAGCUGUUGAGGAAAAAGCCAGCUGUUACCAUUAGCUCAAGAGAAACUAAUAAGCUAGAUCUUGGUGAGGUAGAAGGCCAGGAUCCCAUUGCUGAGAUUGAGAUCCCACCCAAUGCAUUCUAUAAAGAAAAUGGAGAGGUGUUCGUGGGAAAUGUCAAAGCCAGCGUGACUUUCCUCGACCCCAGGGAUGUGUCAACAGCAGCGGCUGCCCAAAGUGAUCUCAACUUCAUUGGCGAUGAAGGUGACACUCUGCCCUUGAGGACCUAUGGAAUGUUCUCAGUGGACUUCAGGGAUGAAGAAGGAGGCGAGUCGCUCAAUGCCGGAGAGGUGAAAGUGCGUCUCGAUGCAGCACAAGUAAAGAUGCCUGAGCACUUGAAGACCAUGAAAUUAUGGUCUCUUAAUCCUGAUACAGGUUUGUGGGAAGAGGAGGGCCAGUUCCAUGCUGAGAAGAAGCAACGGGGGAAAAGAGAGGAGAGGACUUUCCUCAUAGGUAACAUGGAAAUCCGUGAACGGCGGCUGUUUAACUUGGAUGUACCUGAGAACAGGAGAUGUUAUGUGAAAGUGCGGGCUUUCCGUAGCGAACGGUACAUGCCAAGUGAGCAAACUGAAGGAGUCGUGAUGACUUUAAUAAAUAUGGAGCCCACACCAGGGUUUUCAACCAACCCUCGGGCUUGGGGUAGAUUUGACAGCGUCAUCACUGGCCCAAAUGGUGCGUGCCUUCCAGCCUUCUGUGAUGAACAGAAAGCAGAUGCAUAUUCUGCCUACAUCAUGGCCAACCUUGGGGGAGAAGAGCUAGAGGCAGUAGCGUCCUCUCCUAAGUUGAAUCCUAACAUCGUUGGCGUCCCGCAACCCUAUUUGAAUAAACUUAACUACAGACGCACGGACCACGACGAUCCCAGAAUAAAAAAGACAGCAUUCAGCAUGAAUGUGGCCAAACCUCGGUCAAACGCAGCUGAAGAAGCCAAUGGUCCAGUUUACCCAUUUGACAAGCUUAAAGAGUGUGAGGAAGCUCCAUUCAGUGCAGCUCACUUCCGUUUCUCAAGAGUUGAAGGAGAUCGGUAUGAUUAUAACACAGUGCCUUUCAAUGAGGACGAUCCCAUGAGCUGGACUGAAGACUACUUGAGUUGGUGGCCAAAGCCUAUGGAAUACAGGGCCUGCUACAUUAAAGUAAGACUCAAUAGUGCCCAUGAGAUCAACGUUCGUUCUCGCAAUAUGGGAGGUACCCAUCCAAAAACCGUUGGCCAACUGUAUGGCAUCCGUGACACCAGAAGCAUCCGGGACAUGGACCAGUCAGCUGUUUCAGCUGUGUGUCUGGAGUUUAAAUGCAGUGGGAUGCUCUAUGAUCAAGACAGAGUGGAUCGGACCCUCGUGAAGGUAAUGCCUCAGGGCAGCUGCAAGCGAGACAAUGUAAACAGCAUGCUACAGGAAUACUUGGUAAAUCACCUUCCACUGGCUGUCAACAAUGACACAAAUGAGUUCACCAUGCUUGCACCUCUGGACCCUCUGGGCCACAACUAUGGUAUCUAUACAGUGACUGACCAAGACCCCCGGAUGGCAAAAGAAAUUGCGCUUGGGCGUUGUUUUGAUGGUACAUCAGAUGGCACCUCUCGAGUCAUGAAGAGCAAUGAAGGUGUGGCAUUAACAUUCACCUGUGGUGCUAAAGAGGUCACUAGGCAGAGUAUGUUCCAGCAGAUGCAGAACUCACUGGGUCAGGCCACAGCUGGAAGUGCACGGCCGGGAAGAGGAAAUCGGAGGCAGAGAGGCGGCUCAACAGCACCUCGCAGCAGUAAGAGGAGGAGUACUCGUAAUUCCUAUACACGUGCCCAGACCGUUGCUUGAUAUUCUAAGAACUUAAAAACUCUACAUGAGACAAGACAGACCCAUUCUCUAUGGGGGCUGCUCUUAUGAGAGUUACUGGAUUUAAGCCAUUUUCAAACUUGAUAGCAAUAAGAAAAUUAGACAUAUUUGAUCAAGGCUGGGGCAAAGUCUUUUCAUAUUACUUUAGUAAUUUAGGUUUGCUGAUCACAUCAACUGGCAAACAAUAUUACAGAUUUUAUGAAUUGCAAAGCAAAUUCAUAUUAGAGUGGAUAACUUUUUUUUUUUUUUUAAUUUUAACAACUAAUUUUUAACAAUUUCACCUAUUAAAAGCCUAACAAAACUAAAAUCACAAAAAAAAAAGUAAACUAAGCAACGCCAGAAGAUUGUGUGCUUCAUGUAAUUUUUCAUUUACAGAUUUUCUAUUCACUUGUACUGUGGUAAAUAUUUUACUACUUGAAAUUGUAAAUAGUCGAAUAUUUAUUGCAUACUUCAGAGAAUCAAAGACAAAGCAGUUGAAUGUAUCAUCUCCACCUAAACAAACAUGUAUGCCCUUUAUCACUCAUUAAUUAGAAAAACUCUGAAGUUGUCCAAACCCCUUACAAAAAUAAAGUGAUUCCUUUAGAUCAAUGAUUUUAUUAUUCUUUAAAAAAAAAAAACUAUACCUUUCAGUCUUUGUAUUGUUGCUGCCCAAUUUUAACAAUUUGUAAGAAAAGCUGUUAUCUCAUAAACAUUUUUGCUGAUAAAGUUUCAUUUUCAUUUCAUUUUACUACAUACAUACCUGUAGAAGCUACUGUAUAGUAACAACGAGUCAAACAAAAACAUAACACCUCUUUGCUUCAACUAGUGAUUACAAUUUAUACUGUCAUAUUAGCAGAAAUAUUCAAUAUUGCUGGUAAUAUGACAAUCAUUAACCAGCUGCUCAAGCAUGUAGCAAUACUGAGUUAAUUUAAAAUAUACUUUGGUGGAGAAACAAAACUGCACAACUUUUCUGCAUUCAUAUGAAGGCAAAGUCAUAAUUCAACAGAUUUAAUAUAAGGCUUGGUUUCAGUUGUUUUACUUUCAUUUUUCCACCCCUUCAUUUAAUCAGUGUGCCACCUCUGGGGCCAGUUGCAUGAACAUAGCCAUUGUAACUUAAGAAUUAGUACGACCAACUAGCAAUGUCAAGGGACAAUCAAUCUUACUUUUUGGUUUCAAAUUAGACCAAUCUAAUGUAACUGACUUAAAACAGUUAUGAAUAGUC